AUGGUCACCCUUUUGCAUUUCUUUCUCCUCCUCCUCCUGAGCUAUCCGCUUCCCGCGCACGCUGCCCGCCCGUUCGUCUGGAUCGAACCAAUCGCCCCCGCGCCCUACAUCGAGUGGUUCCACGAGUCGUGGAAAGAAGCCAUCGUCCUCGCCAGAGCUGCGGCCCUGACGUUCCAGGGACCCUGCGAUCCGGUGUAUCAGCGGUAUUUCGAGGACGGAGGGACGAGCGGUCCAUCAUCGCCACCAGCAUCCUUGGUAAGACGCAUCUUCCAGCGCAUCGCAAAUAUCCCCCUAGACGCGCAGUACAACGCCCAAGACAUCCAGAGUCUGCUCUCCAACCAAGACAUUCUGGGGCUGUCGCCGCGGUUCGGGCGGAUGACGCUCGCGCUGGGCACGCCGCCGCACACACCUGACCCGUGGAAAAACUAUUGUGCAAAUCGGGGCAUCUCGGGGGCGUUUCUGUUCGGCGAGAACCGCGCCGACGCCACGGUCGUGGUGUGUGGCGCUGUGCUGGAGUAUCCUCUGGCGGCGGAGAUCUUGGCUGUCCCUCCGUGGGCAAGGAACGUGGAUGGCACGCCCCACGCUGGGUAUGGUUGCCGGGGGUUAGGUGAUCGCGAUACCGAGUUUAUGAUCUUCCCGGGGGCGUUCAUCCUGCAUGAGCUGAUACACUGGUCGUGGCUGCUUCAGGACCUCCCGCAAUGGCAAGACUUCAUCGCUGUGUUGCCCGCUUUUGGACUCCGACAGAUCGGAGACUUCGCCGGUACAGACCCUGUUAGCGGAUAUGGCGCGUAUAAUGCGAAGCGACUGAAGGAAAGAGCGCUUGGCAAUCCCGCCGACUUUGGAUCCUACCCGACACUCAACAAUGCAGACAGCUACAUGUGGUAUGCGCUCUCGAAGUACUGGGCCUGGACGUGUGGCGUGGACUUUGGCCCAGCGAGGGAUGAGUACGAUGACUUCCUUCGAACUCAGGAGGGCAAGGUUCCUGCGGUGCAGCCCCUGCCGGGUGGGGGGGACGCCAGUGACCGUCCGGAUCCAGGGAUGGUGGAUUUCGCACAUGGGUCGACUGGUGGCGGUUGA